AUGGAGGAGCAACCCCCAGCACGGGGAGAGGGUCCCCCAGAGUGGAGGAGGGACCCCCCCAAGGGGAGGUUUGGCCCCCCCGGGGGGGCACAGCCCUUCCUGAGCCCUCUUUUCCCUCGGCAGCCCCGCGUGGAGCUGGCCUGGGCCAUGAAGGCCCACCAGCACGCCCAGGUCUACUUCAACCUCAUCUCCUCCGUGGACCCCAAAUUCCUGAACCUCACCAAGGUGGACGACCAGAUCUACGAGGAGUUCAGGAAAACCUUCCGGGACCUCAAAAUCGACGUGUUGGACCCCGAGGAGCUGAAAUCGGAGCCGGCCAAGGCGAAGUGGCGCCCGUUCUGCCUGAGGUUUGAGGGGGUGGUGGAGGAUUUCAACUACGGGACUCUGCUCCGCCUGGAUUCCCGCCGGGAAUACACCGAGGAAAACACCAUCUUCGCCACCAGAAUCCAGUUUUUCGCCAUCGAGAUCGCCCGGAACAGGGAAGGCUGGAACGACGCCGUUUACAGGGGGAAGGCUGAGGAGCCAAAAUCGGGGUGAGGGCAGGGGCAAACUCACCCAGUGCCAAGGUGAGGGGGGCAGGAAGCCCCCUGUCCCCGGGUGAGGGGCGCAGGAGCCCCCCCAGCCCCGCUCUGGGUCAGGGGGGGCAGCAGGGCUGGACCUGCCUCGGCCGCUCCUCCCGCCCGGGCUGUAAAUAAAUGUUUUUAAAAACUCA